AGCAGAAGCAAUUAUCGCAAUAGACAAACCCUCGAACAAUCACCCAUGAGCGGACGCUUCGUACGAGCUUCCAAGUACCGUCACAUCUACGGCAACUCCACCAAAAGGGAGCUUUGCUACGACAAUGUCAAGGUCACCAAGAAUGCGUGGGAUUCCAACUUGAUAAAGGUCAACCCCCUUUAUCUCAGCAUCAAUUGGAAUGCGUCUGGUGGAGGAGCGUUCGCUGUUGUUCCGUUGAAUGAGCGGGGGAAGUUGCCGGAUCAGAUUCCGUUGUUUAGGGGACAUUCUGCGCCUGUGCUGGACACUGACUUUAACCCCUUCAAUGACCAGCUUGUCGCAUCCGCUUCCGACGACGGCAAGAUCUGCCUUUGGACCAUCCCUGACAACUUUUCGCUGUUUAACGAAGAGCAGGAGGAUGUUACACCCAUUUCCAAGCUCUCGGGACACUCCCGCAAGGUCGGACACGUUCAGUUCCACCCCACCGCCGACAACGUCCUCUCUUCCACCUCCGGUGACUACACCGUCAAGCUCUGGGAUAUCUCCACCGGACAGGACAAGAUCACCUUGAAGCACACCGACAUCAUCCAAUCGCUUUCCUGGAACCGCCAGGGUACGCUUAUGGUCACCACCUCCCGCGACAAGAAGAUCCGUAUAUGGGAUCCCCGAAGUCCCGACCCCGUCAAAGUCUCCAAUGGACACGAGGGUGCCAAAACCUCGCGAGCAGUAUGGUUGGGCGACAUGGACAGGAUUGCGACGACUGGUUUCUCGAAGCGCUCAGAUAGACAGUUGGCGUUGUGGGACACUAACGACAUGUCCAAGCCAAUUGGCGGGUUCCAGGUGUUAGACACCUCCAGUGGUGUCUUGAUGCCUUUCUACGACCAGGAUACCAUGGUGUUGUACUUGGCUGGUAAGGGUGAUGGUAACAUCCGUUACUACGAGCUCGAGAACGACGACUUCCACUUCUUGCACGAAUACAAGUCUACCGACCCACAACGCGGUAUGGCUUUCAUGCCCAAGAGGGCCUUGAACAUCCACGAGAACGAGGUCAUGCGUGCCUACAAGUCCAUCAAUGACGCCGUCGUCGAACCCAUCUCCUUCAUCGUCCCCCGUCGUGCUGAGUCCUUCCAGUCUGAUAUUUAUCCACCAGCACUUUCUGCUGAGCCUGCGAUCAGUGCAGACAAGUGGUUCGCCGGCGAAAACGCUGAGCCAAAUGUCAUGGACAUGGAGGCACUAUACACUGCCGGAAGCGAGGGUAACACCCCCGUCAACUCUGUCAAGGAGACGUCCAUGCCUGGACAGAAGAAGGAGGAGACUUUCUCGGCCCCUAAGAAGACGAUGUCCAUGCCUACGCCUUCGUUUACCAGUGCGUCAACUAGCGAGGCCAUAUCUAAGGCUCCGUCGGCUUCCAUCUCUGAGAAGGACACGCCGCCAAAAGCCGAGUCGCCGAAGGAGAAGACUCCAUCGCCUGCACCAAGCGCGGUCACAAGCGCCGUCAAGUCUAUUACUGAGCCCGUUAUGUCUGCGGUUAAGGCUGUCACCUCCACCAGCGCCUCCGCAAUAUCGGCCACCUCGACUGAUUCCGGACCAAGCAACAACGAGGACGUCGUCUCCCUUCAGAAGUCGCUGAAGGACAUCCUCGCAACGGUUCAGUCCCUCCGCGACCAAAUCGCCGACCAAGCAAAGAGCCUGGCCCGCGUUGAGGAAAUGCACGAGAAGGACAUCCAGGAGAAAGACAAGAGAAUCGUUGCGUUGGAGGAGGCAUUGAAGAAGUUGACUGUGGAUUCGUCGACCUCGAGGGGUGAGGCGGAUGAUGUUGUUGCGGAGAAGGACGCGAAGAUUAGGGCGUUGGAGUUGGAGUUGGAGGCUGCGAGGAGCGAAGAGUAGAGGGGUGGAGGAUGUGAACGUUAUCUUGGUUUGACUUGGAUUGGACCUGCGGAAAAUGAUACCUUCGUUAUAUUGUCCCUUUCGCUCUCUGACAUGGUAUAUCUAUCGUAUAUCGCCCAUAAAUCAUCACACACACUUCGUUAGUUCAU